GUGGCUCCGGGGAUGAGCGCGACGACCACCAGGGGAAUGACGACGACCUGCCCACACUGAAGAACAUGCCGGCCAAGCGUCUGAGGAGGCGCUACCAGAAGGGGGAGCGCGUGUUCGUGUACAGGGGCGCAAACGAGGGCUUCGUGGAUGCCGAGGUCCUCCAGGAGCAGACGCAGGACAAGCUGGCGACGAAGGACUCCCCUUCGCGGCACAGCAACAACAGCCCGAACGCCGCAGCUCGCAGCAGGAGGUCCCCGUCCACCUCGCCAGGAGGGAACCGCCACAGCCCUGAAGGCACGCAGGGAGGCGUGAAGCGGCUCCGCGUCGGCGACCAGCACUUCGCGUCAUACGCCGUGAGGCGCGUCGGUGGUGCCCAGGAGUACCACGGUCACCGCGGCAGGCUGAUGACGGUGCCCGAUUACGUGCUCCGCCGGAGUCUCGUGGCGCCACGUGGCCGCUCGAGCUCCCCGGCGCCCCAUGCCUCAGGCGUGUCCAACGGGCGGUCGCCCGCGCGGGCCCGAACAGCCUCCAACGCGUCGAGAGCGUCCAGCCCCCACGAGUACACCAUCUGA